AUGAGAUGUUUCUCAGAUGAUUCCAUCGAUUCAUUACCUGAUCCAAUACUUGAUCGAUUUUGUUUACAAAUCUUACAUGAAAUUCAUUAUAAAAUUCAAUGGCUUAAUCUUGAAUCAUCAUCUAUGAAACGUAUUCUUCUUGCUACAAAUUAUCCGACUUUAUUUGGACUUGGUUUAUAUGAUAUUGAGAUAGAAACAGCUCUGUCUCUCUUUAUUGACGAAUCUUGUUUAACUUCUAUAAAUAAAAAUCAAAUCUCGUCGCUUGUGGUCGAUAUUACUAAAUAUGAAAAAAUAAUUUCAAGUAGCGAUGCGAAUAUACGUAUAUUUACACAUAUUUUUACAAUGUUCUCUAAUUUACAAUAUUUAAAUUUUUGUCCAUCUUCACUUUGGAAUCAACGAUUAUUCUUUUACAAUCCAUAUCCAGGUAUUAACUCUUCAACUCUCUUAGAAUUGCAUAUCUGUUUGAAACGGUUCUCUGACUGUCUUUAUAUACUUGAUGGGCGUUUCAAUAAACUUCACACACUUUAUGUUGAUAUUGAUUUCAUUUCCUCUUCGGAUUUAACAAACAAUAAUAAGGAAAAAUUACCCGAUUUAAGAUGUUUUUCGCUAUAUUGUGGAAUGCCAACAGAUGCUUAUAAUAAAUUAAUUGUACCAUUUCUACAAGGAAUGUCGAAUUUAGAAAAACUCUAUUUGAAUGUUAUUUGUGAGACAAAUACAUUUAUUCGAUGGAAAUGA